GCUGUAAUUGUUACCACAGCGGUGAACAUAUUGCGGCAACUCACUUUUGAACCGCUGGUUGAGGACAAAAAUGUUAAACAUGAACAGCGAAAGAGUCUUCAAGCCAUCGACAACUUCAUUAUCUCACCGUCCACCAAGAUCAUUCUCCAAACCAAAAGACGAUUCUGGGAGGACAAAAAGUACAAUAUUCAAGGUGGCUUUUCCAAGACUAACCUCCCUAUCGGCCAAAUUCAUUACGUCAAGCCGGACCCGGAAUAUGUCGAGUCCACGAAGCAAGGAAUAAUUAUGGUUUUCACUUUGAAGAAUGACGCACUGAUGUUUGGUUUCUUGACGAAGGAGCAAGUCGAACUGGAGGCAAUUGAGCAAAUCGCAGAAUUCCACCCCGAAAUCAAGGAGGAAAAUAUGAUUGAAAAACAUUUUGUUCGUGCUUGGUCCAACCAACCCUCUUAUCAAGGUGCCUAUGCCUUUUUGAAGGCCCGUCAGUUUAACACUGUCAG